UGCUUUUACAUGGUUCGCAUGGUGCUAACAUAUAUAUCAGUAUAUUUUAGUUGCCGCCUAUAACAACGAGUGCAUCAAUGUUUACUUAGGGUUGAGAAAAUCAGACAAUAAUAUUUGUUAAAAACGAUAACGCACUACUAAAUGCCCUAAGAUACCAAGUUUAGAGUAAACAUUAAGACGUUUGAUUCUGGUACUAUCUGCACCACGAACAUAGUGAUAAUUGAUGCCCGAUACGUCGCGACCAUGGCUAAAGAGAUUCUUAUAUUAAUUUUCUGUGUAAUUUGUGCUAAUUAUGGAGUAACUGGUAUUACCAUAAAGGACAGAAAGCAGUGUUGUGAUCUUGGUACAAAUUUUGCUAAAUCUGGAAAUGACUGCGGCAACUUCAAACCAGAGUGGGCAGGUCCUCGAUUAAGGAAUGAGAAGGCUUGUUUAAAUACUGUAGAUAUGUGUUGUAAAAAACAAAUUAGACAAAAAGACUGCCAACUGGGAACAAUUGAUGCAGUUAAUGGAGUCUCUUGUGCAGUCACUGAUGGUGUCAGAAAGGAUUGUUGUGAAGCUUGCCAGGCCGGUAUAGAUGCUUCAAGAGCUAAAGACCCUUGUACUGGUUUGGGUCUUGGUGCACCUUACGACGAUGCAUUUAAUCAAUGUUGUGAAGAUUACUCAAAGGUUACAUCUAGUACUGCAAGUACUUUAUCUACAAGUACCACCACCACAAUGAAAUCGUUUAUAGAUAAUUUUGAUACUGAUUCUGAAUCGAUUGAAAAUAUCUGUGAUUCCGAUGUGUGUGCUCAGAAAUGUGAACCAGUUGGAGAUUCGUAUAAAUGUGAUUGCUUUAAAGGCUUUAUUUUAAUGGAAGACGGUGUAUCCUGUAAACCUGAGAAGCGGGUUCUUAAAAAAGGAGGAAGAUGUGAACUAUUUAACCCCUGUGACCACGAUUGUACAGAUACAGGUACAGCAAUCAAAUGCUCAUGUAGGGAAGGAUAUCAGUUAUCAGAAGAUAAUAGGACUUGUAAAGAUAUUGAUGAAUGUGCACUAAAUAUCCACGAUUGUACAUCAAUUGAUGACUGCAUAAAUGAAAUAGGAUCUUACUCUUGCUAUGACCCAAUCUUGGAUAACGAAACUAUAGAAUAUGAAAAUAAAUGUCCAAAUGGAUAUCAAUACAAUUUUGAAAAACAACUUUGUGAUGAUAUAGACGAAUGUCAAAUUAAAUUAAUAUGUCUACCUCCAAAAGUCUGUAAAAACACCAUAGGAUCCUAUACAUGUGAAGUGGAAGAAGACACACCACUUUGUCCACCAGGUUUUCACUAUAAGGCUGCUACAGAAGCUUGUGCAGAUAUUGAUGAAUGUCUAACGGGCGAAAACGAUUGUAAUAAAGAAUCUCAGUUUUGUUUAAAUACAAAAGGAAAUUACACUUGUGUAGAUAAAGCUUCUAGAAAUACGUGUCCUCCUGGUUUUAAAAUGAAUACUGUAGUUCAACAAUGUGAAGAUAUAAAUGAGUGUGAAGAGGAAGAAAAUUUAUGUGCUCAGAACGAGAAAUGUGUCAACGAACCUGGAGGUCAUACAUGCGUUCCGCAAGACAACUCGGGCUCUAUUCCUACUUCUAAAGUUAUACCAACAACACGUCCAACAACUACAACUUCCACUACCCAGUCUACUUCCACAACGCAAAAAGUUAUAUGCCCUACAGGAUACAGUUAUGUUCAAGAAACACACCUAUGUGCAGACAUUAAUGAGUGUCAGGUGGGACUACACAAUUGUAAAGUAGCAGAAAGAUGUGAUAAUACGAUCGGAUCUUUUCACUGUUCCCGUAUAUUUGGAUGUGGAACAGGAUAUACCUUAAAUUCUGCCAAUGGUCUUUGCGAAGAUGAUGAUGAGUGUAUAUUAGGUACGCACAAUUGCCGGAAAUUGGGACCAAAUUUCAAGUGCCGAAACACUUUUGGAUCUUACAGGUGUGAACCCACAAGGCCAUACUACCAGAACCCUUCUCCUUUAGAUAAAAUGAGGCCAUUGGCUCCUUAUCAACCCAAUAUUCCACCUAGUACCAAUCCAACAACUACUGUAAAUGCCGCUGCACAUACUCCUGACGAUAAGAAUCCUACUUACGAACUACCAUUUAUCUCAUCAAAAUACUAUACAGUACAAACAACACCUAGUACAAAAUUUACUGAACAGUCGAAACCUUCGUAUGCUCAAGAUCCACGGGCCUUACCCGGAAGCAUUACUCCUUUGGAUAGACCCCGAUCUAAUAUUACUCAAAAUUCUGGAACUAUAUUUCCUAUUGGUAGGUUUACUACCCUUAGUACAUCUACAGUUAACACUCCUAGAUCUACAUAUCCUUCACCAAAAAUAUACACCGCGAAUACCGAAGAUGAUGGUACUUUGCCUUAUUAUUCUCCCAGACUCACUAGUCCUACAACCAGUCCUAGCACAACCACUACCACUGUCACUUAUGGAUACCCCAACUGGCCUACUCGUGAAAAUCCUUACUAUCCUAUAAUAAGUGGACAACAAAAGAAAUGCUUGCCAGGGUAUAGAAUGAAUUAUAGAGGUCAAUGUGAAGAUAUUGACGAAUGCGAAAGUAACCCAUGUGGACGGUUUGAAAAAUGUAUAAAUUACAAAGGUCGAUAUGAUUGUAUUCCUCCAAUUCAAUGCAAGCUGGGUUACGAGCUGAAUGAAUCUGGAGACCAAUGCAUAGAUGUCAAUGAAUGUGCCAGAGGUAUUCACAAAUGUUUAUCAACACAAAUCUGUAAAAACUAUGUCGGCUAUUAUACCUGUGAAUGUCCACCAGGUCACCAUCUGGACAAAAUUACAAAUCAAUGUGAAGAUCUUGACGAAUGUAAAAUGUUUAGACCUUGUCGAGUUUCAUCUUCUACGUGCAUAAACUUAAAGGGAUCAUUCAGGUGUGACUGCAAGGAGGGCUUCCAACGCAAAUCACCCAGCGAAUGUGAAGAUAUAAAUGAAUGUGUCCGAGAUCCUGGAUUGUGUGAACAUAACUGUGUAAAUAUUUGGGGAUCCUAUAGAUGCAGCUGCAACCAAGGCUUCACUCUGAAUACAGAUAACAGAACCUGUACCGAUAUUGAUGAAUGUGAAAGAUUUAAAGAUAGAAGACUAUGUAUAGGCAGUUGCAAAAAUGUACCUGGUAGCUACCGAUGCGAAUGUCCCCCAGGCUAUAAACUAGGGAGUGAUGGACGCGUUUGUAUAGAUAUCGAUGAAUGUCAGCAAAACGUAUGCCUUUCAGAGGAAGUGUGCUUAAAUACCAGAGGAGCGUUUAAGUGUUACAGUAUCAAAUGUCCUGCUAACUAUAUUAAAGACACUGAGCACAAAUCGAGGUGUAAGCGCAUACAAUCUUUUUGCGACCCAAGGGACUACGAGUGUCUCUUGUUGCCGGAGCAGUAUACAUACCAAUAUAUAACCCUGGUAUCAAAUCUACCUCUUACUCAUGGACACAUCAACCUCUUCCGGAUUAAGGGUCCAGAAUGGUACGCAUCCCGAGCGGAGUUUACUCUUAAGCUAUUAGAUGUUAUCUGUCCAAACAACAUCGAACAAGUGAAUGAAAUGUAUUUUAAGAAAGUCCAUGACCAGUUUAAUAGUAUGGUUUUAUAUCUAGUGAAACCUAUAGCAGGUCCUCAAGAAAUCAAGUUGCAAAUAGAGAUGCGCCUUUUCCAGGGAAAUAUUAUUAUUGGAAAUGUUGUUGUAUACAUUAUUAUAGUAGUAUCUGAAUUUCCAUUUUAAGUUCGUUUCUUGUUACUUUUUUUCAGUGGUAUGUAAAAUAUUGUAGAAUGAUUCUGCGUUUAUGUUUCCUUCGAUUCAAAUAUUUUUAAUGUGUUUUGAUUCAUUAAUUAUAUCAUCAAUGAUCAUUAAAUGUUCAUCCAUUAUCCCAGUUAGAUUUAGUUUAUAUAGUCUUCUAAAGUUUUACUUAUUUUUAUGUUGAUAGUGUACAGCUCAUGGUACCUGUUGACAACAGUCUAGCAUUUACUUUAAUCCAUUGGCAUUAAAAAACUGUGUUUUAUGUUUCUUUCACCUACCCCUCACUUUUAUAUUUAAAAGUGAAUUGAGGAUUUGUCCAUUAUUAGAACUCUCUACUAAGAAGAACGCUUUAGUUUUAAAGAAGAGUUUAUUUAUAAACUCAUAAAAUAUCAUCCAAACUAGCAUUUUUAAUUGAUGUUUUUGGAAAAAUAUGUUACUUAAAACAUUCUAUUUUCUGCAAAAAUUUGAUAAUUUGUUUUGUCUACUUAAUAAAUCAAAUAGUACUACUAUAAUAUCGAAUUGGAAUUGUUAGGGACUUUUAGGAUUUAAUUACUUUUGGGUAUUUCUAACAAUAAAUAUGUAUGUACACG